AGAAGAAUAAGAAGAAGCCGGAAGCAUGCAGCUUUGUCAGUUUUGUAACAACAGACUACCGCUGCACUUUGUAUGGAGCAAACACAGAUUGCGUCUUUCGUUAUGAGCUGAUGUCUGUGUGAGACGGUACCAUGGAGCCGUCAGAGUCAGGGGAGCUGGAUGCUCCCGGUCCCGGCCUAGAACAGAGUCCCAAACCCGAGCUGUCUGCAGCGAUGCGGGCUAAGAUCGAGAGAAACCGGCAGCAGGCGUUGAUGCUCCGGCAGGCGAGACUAGCGAGCCGCUCUUUGUCCGCCGUGGAGGGAGCGACCUUGGCCAAAGUGUCCAAGACCAUCGACUCCGGCGCCGGCUUCUUCAUCGACGAGGAGGAGGAAGCUCUGGAGGAGCAGAGGACCAGAAAGGUGGUGCAUCAGCCAGCUCCAGUGAUUGAGCCAGACUACCUGGUUUGUGAUGAAUGUGAAAAACCCUUCAUGGACUCAUAUCUGAGCAACAGCUUUGACCUGAGUGUCUGUGACAAGUGCAGAGAUAACGAGGAGAAACACAAGCUGGUCUCCAGAACUGAGGCCAAGGCGCACUACCUGCUGAAGGACUGUGACCUGGACAAGAGAGAGCCCCCCCUCAGGUUCAUACUGAAGAAAAACCCUCACAACCCGCGCUGGGGAGACAUGAAACUCUACCUCAAAGUACAGGUGGAGAAGAGAUGUAUGGAGGUGUGGGGUUCAGAGGAGGCUCUGGAGGAGGCCAGAGAGACAAGGGAGGAGAACAAAGAGGUGCAGAAACAAAAACGCUUCAACAAGAAGGUCAAAGAGCUGCGCAGGGCGGUGCGGAGCAGCAUGUGGACCAAAGACACCAGCGUUCACCAGCAUCAGUACGGAGCAGAGGAGGUGGUGGACCCGGAGGAGGACCUGUACAAGAAAACCUGCACCACCUGCGGACAUGAACUCACCUACGAGAAGAUGUAGACACACACACUCACACAUUCUGACUGUUACGGGUUCAGCCUGAGAGGAGCAGCUGCUUACAACUUCAAGAAAACCUCAGUCUUUCUGCAGCUUCAGUAUUUGUUUCUCCGGCUCGUUAAUGGAGCUCUCUGUCACACACAAGGGGCCAAAAUAACUCUUCUGACAUGUUCUCCCUUACCCCUGGAUUCCACCAGAUGCGUGGUCAGUCUGUCUCCGCUCCGUAUGAGCAGCAGAGCUGAUGCGUUUUGAUUUCUUUAUUCAGUGUUUGUGCUUCCGCUGGCUCCGCAGCAGCCGUUUGUUGACCUCGUGUAAAUCUAUUUAUAGCAUUAACGCUGCACAUUGCCUUUCUGGUCCGUUGCCUGUUGCAACACUUCCUGUUGUUGUAAAUAGAUUUCCUCUCACACUGAACAAACCAGGGAAGACACAAUGAUGAAACUUGAAAAUACCGUCUUGUAUAAAGACAUAACGACCAUAUCAGACACGAGCAGAAUGACAAAACCAGAAUUCAUUACAGAAUGUGAAGGGCAGUUUGAGUGAAGGGUCCCUUUCAAUGUCUUAGAAACGAGUUAUAAUCCAAACGUCCAAACUGUCCACCUGACAGGGAGCAGCAGAACGUGCUCCCUGUCAUCAUGUGGGGUGUAAAUGUUAUACUUCCAAUCACGUCUGUGUUCUUAAACCGUGUCCUGCGAGCAUUGGAGACCCCGUUGCAUUGCGCACAAUCACACUCCCCUGCUCGCUGUCCACACUACAUCCGUUAAAUAAUAAAUUCUCUGUGCUGUGAAUUUAAGUUUCCCAGAGGUGGACAAAAUGAAGUGUGGUGCUUUGUGUUGACUAGCUGUUCUCAGCCCUCAGCGUCUCCUCAGUAAGCAUCUCGCUGUGGACCAGAUAAAGUUUUUCUCCGGUGUUGACACAGGUCAAAGGUCAAUCGUGAUGUGGAUAUUAUUAAUGCACCGUUAUCUCCACUUUGUAAAACAAGUUAACGAGCUCUGCUGAGGGAGGAGAGAGUGUGUCAGAGCCUUGUAGAGCCCCCUCCUUCCUCCUUCCUCUUCCAUGAUUUGUGAGCGACAGAGAGGAGAAUAGAAACGGGGCGACCAGCUGUUAAGACACUCCGAUAGGAAACGAUAGAAUCAAGCUGAUUUUGUCACUGAUGCUCACUGUUACUGAACUCAACAGCAGGGAGAAGCAGUCCUGUCUCAUUCAUGCACAGAGCUUCCUGUUAGAUUCACCAACCUUUGUUACGGUUCGAUUAUCUCCUUGUUCCCUCACAAACACUCAUCAUCACAAAUCAUAAUUUCAGAGUAAAAGCAGCAUCUGGUUUAAAUGACGUCUGGUGCUGUGGGUUUGAUCUCUGAUGACUGCAGUGACAUUCAACAUGUUUAAAUGAACUGAAUUAAAGAGCAGAACGGUUUUUCUACUAAA